UUUAGGAUGUAUAAAGUAGGUGAUCAGAUAGAGAAAAAGAGAGUUUUAGAGAAAAUGAAGAGAGAUGAAGAGCUUGAAAAGAUGUUGAAUGAGAUUCAUCACCAUCAAGUUCCAUAUGUCAAUAUUGGCCACCAACACACGCCUCUUGUGAGUGGUUCUGGUUCACCUUUUAGUAGAGUGACUCAGCUAUCAACAGAACACUCUUCUGCUCUUUCAAAUUCUUGUUUUUCUUCCAAUGGGUUUUGUUUAGCUCAGGAUAAUUCUUCGCCAUUUUCAACAAUGAGUUUUCCCUUUGAUAUUGAGGAUGUUAACAAGUUUAAAGCACCAACUGUCACAGAUAAUCAUGUUAGUGGACUGUGGUUGGAUUCUCAAUCAAACGAGUCUUCUCGUUAUAGGAAGAAUGUUGUACGUGAUAGGUUGGAUUUUGAUGAACUGGGUUUGUGUGAAAGUUUCUAUAGAAUGAGCGUUGGAAAGGAACAAAACGAUCAUAGUAUUAUAAUGAACAGAUAUGAGAUGAACCCAGAGGAGGUUAGCUUUGGUUUUGGUCAUGGUUAUUGGGGUGGUACUGUACCUUAUAAUGUUGAAAAAUAUGGCAUAUCUGAUGGUCUCAACAAUGGUGAUUAUCAAGGGUUCGGUACCUGUCCUGGUGUAGUAUCUAGGAGUUUUGAUGAUGAAAUGAAGUCUGUGUCGAUUGGUUUGGGUGGUAGAUAUGGUGAGUGUGAGUUAAAGGAUGGUAAUUUUUUUCACAGUCAAGCUACUGAUAUGCGUUCGGAUCCAUGUUAUGGUAGCAAUAGCAUAAGGAAUUGUGUAUUUGAGCAGAGAAAGGAACAGGGAAGGAGCUGGACUAAUGGGGGUUUACAAUCACGGAGUAUUAUCGGGACUAGGCCUUACCUUAAUGAUGCAUUGGUUGGUUCGCAACGACUUCGAUUGGAUACUAUUGGAGAGAUUGGUGCCAUGAAUCAAUUGAUUUCCACUCCCUUGAUGUAUCACGAGUUGGGUUUAGAUUUGGAAACUCAGUUGUAUAAUCGUUCAUUGUUGAAAGAAAGGACUAGUGUGAUGCCAAACGACAGGGUUUCUGUCUCUCACGUGCCUUUGAAUGAAGCAGGGAUGGUGGAUGGUUUUGGUGUCGAAGAUAGUUUCAUCAUACAAGGAAAAAGUCUUAAUCAUGUUGUCAACGGACGUGGUUCUUUGAGUGGUCACAAGAAGAACAACCUCAAUGAGGUUGCAACCAGAAACCCUCCAGAGAAAAUCUCUAAACUUGAAAGUUGUGCUCAUAAUGGAGGACUUUCAGAAAAUGAUCAGAAUAUAAGUUAUUUCCCAUUGCAUUUGUUACCAAGUUCUAGUUCCUUGGCUGAGUUUCGCGGUUAUAUACACUUAAUGGCGAAGGAUCAAAAUGGUUGUCGGUUCUUACAAAGGGUGUUCGAUGAGGGAACUUACAAAGAUGUGCAAAUUAUAUUUAAUGAGAUUAUUGAUCAUGUUGUUGAACUUAUGAUGGAGCAGUUUGGCAAUUACCUUGUGCAGAAGUUGUUAAAUGUGUGUAGUGAAGAACAAAGGACACAGAUUGUGCUCAUGGUCACCGAAGAACCAGGACAGCUUGUCAGAAUUUGCUUAAACACAUAUGGCACACGAGUGGUACAGAAGUUGAUAGAAACGCUCAAAACCAGGAAGCAGAUUUCAGCAGUCAAAGCAGCACUGAGACCUGGUUUUCUUGAUCUCAUAAAGGAUCUGAAUGGAAAUCAUGUGUUACAACGCUGGUUGCACUGUCUUAAAAAUGAAGAUAAUGAGUUUAUUUUUGAUUCUGCUGCAAAGUUUUGUGUUGAAAUUGCUACUCAUCAGCAUGGUUGCUGUGUGUUGCAACGAUGCAUUGCUCAUUCAAUCGGUGAACUUCGUGAUAAGUUAAUCACUGAAAUUUCCAAUCACGGGCUUCUUCUUGCUCAAGAUCCCUUCGGAAAUUAUGUUGUUCAAUAUAUUAUAGAGUUGAGGAUCCCUUCUGUCACUGCCAACUUAAUUGCUCAGUUCAAAGGCCAUUAUGUUUACCUAUCAAAGCAGAAAUUUAGCAGCCAUGUCGUGGAAAAAUGCCUCAAGCAUUUUGGAGAGAGUCGAUCACAAAUUGUCCAUGAAUUGCUGUCUGUGCCUCAUUUUGAACAGUUGCUGCAAGAUCCAUAUGCCAAUUAUGUCAUUCAGUCUGCAUUGACAGUUACCAAGGGCCUUCUUCAUGCUGCACUGCUUGAAGCUGCUCGGCCGCACUCUUUCUUACGAACCAGCCCAUAUUGUAAGCGGAUUUUCUCGCGGAAUCUGUCAAAGAAGUGAUGUAAAUUCGUGCGUGGUAACAAGUGUUGUUGUUCUCCCAAAGUUACUAACCUGUUCCCUAUUCAGAAGAAGUCUUAAUCUGUGUUGAGGCACUAGAUGUAGAAUAGCCUUCAAAAUUUGAAGCGGACGCCCUCAUGAGAACCUUGGAAACUUAAUCUCUACGGAUGAUCUCUAUGAUUUUGAAGAAUGUAAACUGGAGGUUUUUACUCCUGGUUGUUUGUUUUGCUUAAACAACUUGUAUGUACUGUUCUGUUGUCUUCUUC